AUGGCAGGCCGUUUUGUACGCUCCUCCAAAUAUCGGCACGUGUUCGGCCGCCCGACUCGCAAGGAACAAUGCUAUGACAAUGUGAGGGUAUCCAAGAACGCUUGGGACACAAACUUGAUCAAGGCCAACCCCGAAUACCUCGCCCUCAACUGGGACAGCAGCGGCGGCGGUGCGUUUGCCGUCAUCCCUACAAAUGAGAAAGGCCGACUUCCCGAACGUAUACCGCUCUUCCGAGGACAUACCGCCGUGGUCUUGGACACAGAUUGGAACCCUUUCAAUGACUCGUUGAUCGCUUCGGGGUCAGAUGACGGAAAGGUCUUCUUAUGGAGAGUCCCAGACGACUUCACACUGCAUCUCGACAUUCCCGCCGAUGAGGUCCAAGACAUUGCCCCAGUAGGCAAACUCAGUGGCCACCCAAAGAAAGUGGGACACGUACUUUUCAAUCCUGCCGCCGAAAAUGUCCUGGCGUCUGCAGCUGGAGAUUUCACGGUCAAGAUAUGGGAUAUUGAGUCGGGCUCUUCCAAGCUGUCGCUCAAGGUUGGCGAGGUGAUCCAGUCCUUGUCAUGGAGUGCAAACGGCUCCCUCUUGGUGACGACUUCCCGAGACAAAAAGUUGAGAAUAUGGGACACCAGACAAGAAAAGCCUGUCCAUGAAGGCCCGGGCCACGCGGGUGCCAAAAACAGUCGCGCCGUGUGGAUGGGCGAGCACGACCGCAUCGCUACAACCGGCUUCUCCAGAAUGAGUGACCGUCAACUGGCGCUUUGGGACGUCCGAAACGCACAAGAACCCAUUGACGGGUUCCAGAUGCUCGACUCGAUAUCGGGCGUCUGCAUGCCCUUCUGGGACGAAGGCACCCAGUGUCUCUUCCUCGCAGGCAGAGGCGACGGCAACAUCCGUUACUACGAAUAUGAGCACGACAAGUUCGAAUAUCUGUCCGAGUACAAGUCGUCCGAUCCCCAACGUGGCGUUGCGUUCAUCCCCAAGAGGGGAGUCAACCUGCACGAGAACGAGGUCGCUCGGGCGUACAAGACUGUGAAUGACAAUUACAUUGAGCCUAUUUCAUUCAUUGUGCCUCGGAGAGCAGAGACGUUUCAAGAGGACAUCUACCCCCCUACCGUCGGAUUGAAACCCGCGAUGAGCAGCAAGGAGUGGCUUGACGGUGCCGAGGGAUUGCCACCGAAGAUCUCCAUGGAAAGUCUAUAUGAGGGUACCGGCAUCAAGGAAGUCGCAUCCGAUGAGGCGAAACCGGCCAAAAAGGCACCAGAACCUGUUAAAGCUGCUGAACCGAAGAAAGCCGCCCACGAGCCUACCCCAGAACCCGUUCCAACGACGAUCCGAUCUCCCCCACCGUCCAUGAAGGAACAAGGUGCCACGAUGAUGGGUGCUGCGGACAAAUUCAAAGACACCGAACCUGCAGAAGGAGGAGAUGACGAGUCGGAUUUCGAGGAGGUCCAGAAGCCCGUGGAACGGACAACUGCGACCAAGCCCGUCGUCUCUGAGGAGAAAAAACCGCAAUCUCCCACUCCGGCCGCGAGUAAAGUGUGGGAAGACGUUGAGGAUCUCGAGCCAGCUCCAAAACACAAGAUGACGGAGACGGAAAUGACAGACGAGCAGACGGUCGAAGCGGGAGAGGCUUCGAACGUGGCCGAAGCAUCGCCAGCGUCAGAUUCCAUAGAGCGAGAGAUUAAGAACAUGAAGGCCCUGAUCGCCCAGCAGUCACGGCAGCUGAGCAGCCUGACCAAGACGGUGACGGAACUUGUCGCCGAGGUCAAGGCAUUGAAAGGGUCUUAG